GUACUAACGACAAGCCAGGCGGCUAGCUGUGGCUAAACGAACACUAGCGGGCUUGUGAGACAUCAAAAAAUGCCGUAUUUUUCGCUAUUGGGUUGGACUUCACAUCAUGGAAUGUAAUGAACUUAUUCCUCGGGGAAAACUAUAUAUUACAACCAACGGACGUCUUUGUUGAGAAAUCGGACUGCCCCUGAGACUUGGAUGGAGGUGCAAGUAAGCGCCACGACCGAGGAGGUGUAGAACGGGUACGAAUCGGGUUUGUUUAGCUAACGUCAGCUAGCUAUUAUCGGGAGAAAGUUGCCUGUGAAAACAGGGCGUUACUUGCGCGAGACAAUAACCAAACUAUUGUUUGUCUGCAUAUGCCAGUUGGUCUACCCGUCUCAUCCUAAUUAUUAGCAUAGUGAGGAGCAACCGACCUGACCACCAUGCCUCCCAGACCGUCUUCUGGGGAACUAUGGGGCAUGCACUUGAUGCCCCCGAGCAUCCAGGUGGAUUGCCUUCUCCCAAAUGGGAUGAUUCUGACAUUGGUGUGCACACGUGAGGCAACACUCAUCUCAGUCAAACACGAACUCUUCAAAGAGGCUAGGAAGUAUCCUCUCCACCACCUCCUACAAGAGGAGACCUCCUACAUCUUUGUCAGCGUUACCCAAGAGGCUGAGAGAGAGGAGUUCUACGACGAGACAAGGAGACUGUGCGACCUCAGGCUUUUUCAGGCCUUCCUGAAAGUCAUCGAACCAGUGGGCAACCGAGAGGAGAAAAUACUCAACCGAGAAAUUGGUUUUGCAAUAGGAAUGCCUAUAUGUGAGUUCGACCUGGUCAAGGACUCGGAAGUGCAGGACUUUAGAAGGAACAUAUUGAAUGUCUGCAAGGAGUCUGUGGACCUCCGAGACACUAAUGGACCCAUCAGUAGAGCGUUGUACGUCUACCCUCCCAAUGUAGAGUCUUCAGUAGAACUGCCCAAGCACAUCUUCAAUAAGCUUGACAAAGGUCAAAUCAUAGUGGUCAUCUGGGUCAUCGUGUCGCCGAGCAACGACAAGCAGAAGUACACCCUGAAGAUCAAUCACGACUGCGUGCCGGAGCAUGUGAUCGCAGAGGCCAUCCGCAAGAAGACGCGUAGCAUGCUGCUGUCCCACGAGCAGCUCAAGAUGUGUGUGCAGGAGUAUCAGGGAAAGUACAUCCUCAAGGUGUGUGGCUGUGACGAGUACCUGCUGGAGAAGUACCCCCUUAGCCAGUACAAGUACGUGAGGAGUUGCAUCAUGCUGGGGCGCAUGCCUAACCUCAUGCUAAUGGCCAAGGAUAGCCUUUACUCCCAGCUGCCCAUCGACACUUUUACCAUGCCCUCGUAUGCCCGAAGGAUUUCCACGGCAACGCCCUAUAUGAACGGCGAGACGGCCACCAAGUCCCUGUGGACCAUCAACGGCACACUGAGGAUCAGGAUACUGUGCGCCACCUAUGUCAAUGUAAACAUCAGGGACAUUGACAAGAUCUAUGUCCGGACUGGGAUCUACCACGGUGGGGAGCAGCUGUGUGACAACGUGAACACUCAGCGCGUGCCAUGUUCAAAUCCCAGGUGGAACGAGUGGCUGAACUACGACAUGUACAUUCCAGACAUCCCACGUGCCGCCCGCCUCUGUCUUUCCAUCUGCUCUGUGAAAGGGAGGAAGGGGGCUAAAGAGGAGCAUUGUCCGCUAGCCUGGGGCAACAUCAAUCUGUUUGACUACACCCACACUCUAGUGGCCGGGAAGAUGGCCCUCAACCUGUGGCCUGUGCCCCAUGGCCUGGAAGACCUGCUCAAUGCCAUCGGAGUCACUGGCUCCAAUCCAAACAAGGAAACCCCUUGCCUGGAGCUGGAGUUUGAUCACUUCAGUAACCCGGUCAAGUUCCCCGACAUGCCGGCCAUCGAGGAGCACGCCAACUGUAACAUAUCCCGGGAGCUGGGCUUCAACUACUGCCACACCGGUUUGAGUAACAGACUGGCGAGGGACAACCCCCUGACGGACAGUGACAAUGAACAGCUGCGCUUGGUGUGUAACAGAGACCCACUUUCUGAAAUCACUGAGCAGGAGAAGGACUUCCUGUGGAGGCACAGACAUUACUGUGGCACUAUCCCAGAGAUACUUCCCAAGAUUCUGCUGGCAGUGAAAUGGAACUCCAGAGAUGAGGUUGCACAGAUGUAUUGCCUUCUGAAGGACUGGCCAGCCAUAAAGCCAGAACAAGCCAUGGAGUUGCUGGACUGCAACUUCCCCGAUCCCAUGAUUCGAGACUUUGCCGUGAAGUGCCUUGAGAAAUACUUAACGGACGACAGACUCUCUCAAUACCUCAUCCAGCUGGUCCAGGUUCUUAAGUACGAACAGUACCUCGACAACCCGCUAGCCCGCUUCCUGCUGAAGAAGGCUUUGACCAAUCAGCGGAUAGGACAUUUCUUCUUUUGGCAUCUCAAGUCGGAGAUGCACAACAAGACUGUGAGCCAGCGGUUUGGCCUGCUGCUGGAGUCCUACUGCCGGGCCUGUGGCAUGUACCUCAAGCACCUGAGCAGACAGGUGGAGGCCAUGGAGAAACUCAUCAACCUUACUGACCUCCUCAAGCAGGAGAAGAAGGACGAGGCCCAGAAGGUUCAGAUGAAGUUCCUGGUGGAGCAGAUGAAACGGCCUGACUACAUGGAUGCCCUACAGAGCUUCACCUCUCCACUCAACCCAGCGCACCAGCUGGGAAACCUCCGUUUGGAAGAGUGCCGGAUGAUGUCAUCGGCCAAGCGGCCCCUGUGGCUCAAUUGGGAGAACCCCGACAUGAUGUCAGAGCUGCUCUUCCAGAGCAACGAGAUCAUAUUUAAAAACGGAGAUGAUCUGAGGCAGGACAUGCUGACUUUGCAGAUCAUUAGAAUAAUGGAGAACAUCUGGCAGAACCAGGGCCUUGAUCUCAGGAUGCUGCCGUACGGCUGCCUGUCCAUCGGCGACUGCGUGGGCCUGAUAGAGGUGGUGAGAAACUCCCACACCAUCAUGCAGAUCCAGUGUAAAGGAGGCCUGAAAGGGGCGCUGCAGUUCAACAGCCACACACUGCACCAGUGGCUCAAGGACAAGAACAGGGGAGAGAUGUACGACCAGGCCAUUGACUUGUUCACACGGUCGUGUGCGGGCUACUGCGUAGCCACCUUCAUCCUGGGGAUCGGUGACCGACACAACAGCAACAUCAUGGUCAAAGAUGAUGGACAGCUAUUCCACAUAGACUUUGGCCAUUUCCUGGAUCACAAGAAGAAGAAGUUUGGCUACAAGCGAGAGCGGGUGCCCUUCGUCUUGACACAGGACUUCUUAAUCGUCAUCAGUAAAGGAACCCAGGAGUGCACCAAAACCAGGGAGUUUGAGAGGUUCCAGGAGAUGUGCUACAAGGCCUACCUGGCCAUCCGGCAGCACGCCAACCUCUUCAUCAACCUGUUUUCCAUGAUGCUGGGCUCGGGGAUGCCCGAACUGCAGUCCUUCGACGACAUCGCUUACAUCCGCAAGACCCUGGCGCUGGACAAGACGGAGCAGGAGGCCCUGGACUACUUUAUGAAGCAGAUGAACGACGCCCACCACGGCGGCUGGACCACUAAGAUGGACUGGAUCUUCCACACAAUCCGCCAGCAUGCCAUGAACUGAGAAGGGGCCAUCUGCCCGGAGAGUAGCAGCAACGCAGAGAGGAUUAGGGCGGAUCUCUACACCAUCCGCCUGGACUGGGUGUCAACGGAGAGACUAGAGCGGAUCUCUACACCAUCCGCCAGCUAAGCAUGCUAUGAGCUGAGAUGGCAGAGCGGACAACGCUAGCGUCCACGGAUGGAGCUAUGAAUGGAUAGAAACCAUUGGCUGAAUUGAGAGGCUAGAACAGAUCGCUACAUCCUCUGCUAACUUCUGAACUCUGAGGGAAAUGCACAUCUGUACACCAUCCACUAGGAGGCGCCAAAAGUGGAUAUUAGGGAUGCAUCGAUAGGGAAAUGACGGACUGAUGCGAUAAUCAUAUUUACUGGACAUUAUCUUUCUCAUAUUGGUAUGGCAAUAUAGCCACAGUUCUCUUUGUAAAUUAGGGGAACAACCACGAUUGUAAACAGCCAUUUUGCAAAAGUUAUGUAAUUUUUAAGAUGAAAGCGAUCUAUUGUGUUAUCAGCCGAUACCGAUAUGAUGACCUUUUUUUUUUUAUAUAUAUAUAUAUCAAAGCCUGUCCAGGGUCAUGUCCUGCUAACACACCAUGAUACCGUGAAGGCCUGCCCAGGGUCAUGUCCUGCUAACACACCAGGAUACCGUGAAGGCCUGCCCAGGGUCAUGUCCUGCUAUCACACCAGGAUACCGUGAAGGCCUGCCCAGGGUCAUGUCCUGCUAACACACCAGGAUACCGUGAAGGCCUGCCCAGGGUCAUGUCCUGCUAACACACCAGGAUACCGUGAAGGCCUGCCCAGGGUCAUGUCCUGCUAACACACCAGGAUACCGUGAAGGCCUGCCCAGGGUCAUGUCCUG